AGCACUUUUCCGGUUCACCGUGGUGACUUGUAUGUUUUCAUAGGACUUGUCUGGUUGGAACAAGGGCCUGUAUCUUAUCACACAUAAGAAACACCUUGGAUUCUUUUUACAAGCGGCACCCUUUUCUGACUUCAAUGUUCAGAUAUUGAGAUACUACUCUGUGGAUGGCCAGCUGAAAGCAUCCUUUGGACCUGCACAUGCACUUUCAGUCCACAAUGAGCAGUCACUUCCGUAGUUACAUCUGGGACCCCAUCCUGAUUGUGUGUCAGAUAGUGUUGAUGCAGUGUAUCUACUACAGCUUUCUGGGCUUGUGGUUGGCAGGAGUAGACAGUCUGGUGGAAACACAUCGCUCGCUUGACCAGAUUUUCAGCUAUGAAGUCCUGGGUUUUGCAACAAUGCAGGGGAGACUCUCAAUGAUGGCCUUUGUUUUGAACUCUCUUACCUGUGCUCUCGGCCUGUGGUUCUUCAUCCGCCGAGGGAAACAGUGCCUGGACUUCACCGUCACUGUGCACUUCUUCCAUUUAAUUGGCUGUUGGAUUUAUAAUUCUCAUCUUCCCUCCUCCCUGUCCUGGUGGCUCGUCAAUGUGGCCUGCAUGGCGUUGAUGGCGGUAAUCGGAGAGUACUUGUGCAUGCGGACUGAGCUCAGGGCCAUCCCGGUCAAUUCCGGACCCAAGUCUAAUCUUUGAAUUCUAUGUUUUUGGGACACAUGCUGCUAAUGGACAGUUGACUCCAAAGGAACAUUUCUCACAGGAGGAUCAUUUUCCUCUGCUCAAAAAAAGUGAACAUGGCACAUGUGAUGGACUGGAUUGUUGUAUCUGCUUGCAUCAGAUGCACUGGCCUAUUUAUUACCAACUGCCUAUUUAACCAUGACAGGUUUUAUCUCUGCAGCAUAUUAACACACACACUUUAAUUCUUAUCUGAGAGGAUGUUGGCUGCCUCUCUUUUCUGAACUUUAUGUGAACUGCUACAUUUAAUUUCUUGUUCUUUUCCCUCAGGAUUCAGUACAGUGAUAUACAGUAUAUAUGAGCCCCUCAUCAAGGUUUAAGAUAUUAUUCCUAUAGCCUAGGUCACAACUGGACGUACAAUUUUUUUUGGCUGUGCGAUUUUGGUGUUUACCAAAUUGCUGCAUUUUUGUUAGUUUUUUUGUUCGUGAAGAACGUAGUUGUGGUGACCAUGAAGGAGUAACAUCUUGACACGCAUAGAGGAUGUAUCAAAUAUCUGAAUGUGCGUUGGCCGCACUAAUUACGUACGUGUGGUGAACGACACAAAUAGUACUCCGCAAGUGCGACAUGAAAAAUUAUAACAUUUUGCCCAAACAUGACAACAGAAAAACGUACAAAAGACCGAUGUUGGCCGUACGGACGAUGCAAGAAGACGUAUGCAAUGCAUAAGUUUGUCUUGCAACCUAAAAUAAAACGUAUGCGCCCGUAGAGUUUGUUUGACGUGACAAAGAACCUCUGCGGCCAGUCUACAGCGCAAAAAUCAGCAUGUCACACACACACCUUCUGUGUGUUUCUUGCAUUAUUUUGCAUGUGGACCGACCGUAGGAGCCCGUACAACCGGUUGUGACCUAGGCUUAUAGAAAGUAACCCGUUCAAACUUAUGUUAAAUGUCUUCAUCUGGCUGCAAGCUGGUUUGAGUUUAAAACAAACAUUAGCGUCAUUUGAAGCAGGUGUUGUAGUUACAGUUUACCCUCCUACAGUCAACAGACACUCAUUUGCACACUUGUCAAGUUUCAGAAAGCUAUGUCUGCUAGUUAAUGUUUUCAUGUAUUUUUUGAUCAACAGCUUAAAUAUAGGGUAGCAUGUUUCAGCUCUACACUAAGACUUGGUUUAGGUCCAAUCGAGCUUGCUAAGUAUUGUCCUUUGCCAAAUUAGUUUUGUAUUUUACACAGCGAGCGUUAUAGUUCCCUCUCCCCUUGUUAUCAUAUAUUAUGCCAACGUGACGGCCACCAGCUGUGUCCUGACAACACAACGUCCCUGUUCCUGAAAAUGCUGUCACACUUUUUGGAGCUGCAACAUCAAAAAUUCAUUUGAUGCGUGACACAAAUAGUUCAGGAACAGUUUUAGCAUUGAUAUUUUGAGAUUUUUAAACUUUGUCUUAAUUAAUUAAGUGGUUUGAUGGUACAUCUGCAUUCUGUUUGCUGAUUUGCAAGAUUUAAGUUGUAGUUUUGUGUGAAGGAAUAUCAGGGCCACAUGGAAAAGGAAAAAAAAUGAGAAUAAAGUCGUAGUUUUAUGAGAA